AUGUCUCCUCUGGAAGGCGAUUUAAGCAUGGAGCAUGUCGUGGAUAUAGCAUGCGGGAAUGGCCAUUCCAUCGCUAUGAUUGAAUCUGGCGAGGUAUACACUUGGGUACGUUAUUACGCACCAGAGAAUAACAUUACUAACAUAACUCGUGACGUACCUGUGCAAAUGAACUCCAUUUUGGCUAAGAAGAAAGUUGUCCAUAUCUCCUGUGGUGCGUACUUUACCAUGAUAGUUGUCGAAAAUGGUGAAGUGUAUAGUUGGGGCUUUAACGAUGCUGGCCAGUUGGGGAUAGGUAAUUGUGAGCGCCAAAGGACGCCGCGGCUGGUUGGUUCACUGAGAGGCAUUGUGAUUGUGGUUUGCGGAUACAAGCAUACGUUGGCACUCACGAACGAAGGGGACCUCUACGCCUGGAGUGGGAAUGAAUACGGCCAGUUAGGGAUCGGCAAUCAGACAAACUCUUGUGAACCAAUCUUAGUCGAGCAUCGAAUGGGAAAGGGGUCCGAUAUUGUCGCUGUGUACAAUAAGCAAUUAAGCGGCUUUGGCGAAGGAGGACGUGUGUAUGUGUGGGGUUAUUGUCGCUGUGUAAGCAUGCCGGAGCCAGUCGCCACUCCAUUCUUAAAUGUGCACAAAGCGCUUGCGAAUUACGAACAACAUAGCAUUAUGCACAAACCGCUGAUCGUAUGCACGAAGGAAGAGACGACGGGCAUAUUGAAACAUCUCGAAACUGCAUUCGAUGAUCCGUCGACGAGCGAUGUUAAGAUACAAGCGGAGGGCCAAUAUAUUCAUGUGCAAAUCUUGAAGAUUCGUUCUUCGUUCUAUAAAAAAAUGUUUCAGCGUGAUUGGGUGGAAAAGAGUCUGAGUAUUAUUAAGCCUGAUCAAUUUUCCUAUGUCGUCUACAAAGCCUUCCUGAAGUACUUAUAUACCGAUGUAAUCGAGUUACCCUGGGAGAAUGUCUUAGAACUCUUUGCCCUGGCUGACACCUAUUGUGAGAGCAAUCUCAAGAAGCACUGCAUUCGGAUGAUAAAGCAAGGAAUUACAGUAUCGAAUGUUGCAUACUUGUAUAGCAUCGCAGUCAAACAUAAAGACGAGGAGCUAGAAGAAUUUUGCUUCGAUUUCGCCGUGAAUCACUUGAAAGAUGUAAUGCGAACAGAAAAUUUCGACAAACUGGAUGAGAAUACGUUAAAAACUUUCAUAAUUAAGGCGGCCAAGACUGGUGCUUUUAGCAAGAUAUAAUAAUUAGUAUAAUAUAUUUGCCUCAAAAAAACAAUACGCCUCAACGGAAAUGAAUGAUAAUCGCCGGAUAUAUGUCCGUUAUAUCAAUACUUGCCAUACAUUUUAU